CUGACGUGAAUCUGCAGCUGAGAUUUGAAGUUUUGGGGCUGUUUACCAGUGUCUAGCAGAGAAGCAUGCCUUUACUGCCAGCCCUGAGCGGUCCCACAGUCCAACUCUCCAACGGUCUGGAAAUCCCUAUACUUGGAUUAGGUACAUCUCAUAUGGGCGGAUAUUCCCAUGAUGCCAUUGUGUAUGCGCUCACUGAGUGUGGCAUUCGCCACCUGGACACAGCAAAGCGCUACGGCUGCGAGGAGAAGCUGGGAGAAGCCAUCAAAGAGAGCGGGCUCCUACGAGGUGAUCUGUGGCUCACCAACAAACUCUGGCCUGGAGACUAUGGAUACAAAGCUGCGAAAAAGGCCUGCCUGGAUUCCUGCAUGGCAAUGGGGGUUGAAUAUUUUGAUCUGUACCUGAUGCACUGGCCCGAGGCAUUAAAACCCGGUUGUUCUAAUAGAGCCAUCAGAGCUGAGACGUGGAGAGCUCUGGAGGAUCUUUAUAAAGAAGGUAAAAGGCUUCAAUGCAAAGGGAUUUGUCGAGCUAUUGGGGUGAGCAAUUUUCUGGUCCGCCACCUGGAGCAGCUGAAGGAGGACUGCAGUGUGGUGCCACAUGUCAACCAGGUGGAGUAUCAUCCUUUCCAACAGCCCAACCGCCUGCUGGAGUACUGCCGGAAGCACUGGAUCGUGUUUGAAGGCUACAGUCCCUUGGCGAAGGGUCAAGUCCUCAGCAGUCCCGUUGUGCAACAAAUUUCAAAAAAGCACGGCCGAACGUCAGCUCAGAUCUGCAUCCGCUGGAGUAUUCAGAACGGAGUUGUCACUAUACCAAAGUCUGUCACAAAGAGCAGGAUACAGGAAAACUGUCAAGUGUUUGGGUUCCAGUUAGACGAGGAAGACAUGGCCGCUUUAGGAAACUUGCAUGAUGGACGCCACGUAACUUGGGAUCCCACGAAUGUGGAUUAAUAUUUCAAGAGAAUCAAAAGGAAAAACUAAAUCCUGGAAAAUGGAAUUGCAAGUGAUUGGCUUUUUUUUUUUUUUUUUUACCAGUAUACAUUAGCAAAACUUUAGAAUAAAUCUUACUGUGCUAAAAUAUAAUGUUAGGAUGUGAUGCUUAAUUUUCCAAUCAUGUGCAUAAAUUAAAUAAUUUGAUUUGACAUUAUGAACAAUGUACCAGAUCUUUUUGGCUGAAAGGAUUAAUA